AUGACCACCCUCCCCGACCGCCCCCUCCCCUCCACCGCCUCCUACAUCCUCGCCACCUUCAUCCUCGCCGCCUGCGCCGGCUACUUCCUCGGCCAAGCCUCCUCCCUCGGUCUCUUCUCCCCCCGUCCCAGCCUCCCCGCCGCCGCAAAGUCCACCAAGAACCCGAGCUGGCCCAACAGCUACGAUGUCGCCGUGCACCCGGACAGCUCGGACGAGGAGCUCAUGACGCGUCUGAGGGGGGGGAAGGAGGGUGCCGGGGCUGGGGUGCGGCGGGUUGGGGAUGGCGAGGAGGAGGAUGGGAGUGGGAGUGGGAGCGAUGAGAGUGAGGAUGGGAGCGAGGGUGCGCGGGAAGAGCGGGGCGCGCUGAAGUCGUUUGAAGAGAAUGAGGGGGAGGAGUGCAAAUUGGUGUUGGUCGUGAGGACGGAUUUGGGUAUGGGUAAAGGCAAAAUCGCCGCCCAAUGCGCCCACGCCACCCUCGCCUGCUACAAACACCUCCUCUCCUCCUCUUCCUCCUCUUCCUCCUCUUCCUCUUCCUCCUCUUCCCAUCCCUCCCUCCUCCGCCGCUGGGAAUCGACCGGCCAGGCGAAAAUCGCCCUCCAGGUGCCGAGCGCGGACCAGCUCGAGCUGCUGCGCGCCCGGGCCCGGGACCGCGGCCUGUGCGCCCGGGUCGUGCGCGACGCGGGCCGGACGCAGGUGGCGAGCGGGAGCGCGACGGUGCUGGGGGUGGGGCCGGGGCCGAGGAGCGUGGUGGAUGGGGUCACGGGGGGGUUGAGGUUGUUGUAG